AUGUAUUCGUGUAAAAUUUUGAACAGAAUACUUACACGAUUAAAAAGCAUGACAGAUGGUGGGGGUUUUCAGUUGAAGCAGUUGUGCAGAGAUAUUGAACAGAGAUCCUUGUCUGCGAAUCAUUUUUCCUCACGUGCACUUAGUUCUUGUAAUAAAAAAAUGUCGAAAUACACGAUUGUUAUGGUACGUCAUGGAGAGAGUGAAUGGAAUCAAUUGAAUCUGUUUUGUGGAUGGUAUGAUGCCAAUUUAUCUGACAAAGGUAAAACUGAAGCAGCUCAAGCUGGAAAAGCAGUUAAAGACGCAGGUCUGAAGUUUGAUGUUGCUCAUACAUCAUUGUUGACAAGAGCUCAAGAAACUUUGAAAGCUAUUCUUAAAGAAAUUGGUCAAGAAAGUAUUCCCAUUCAAAAAACAUGGCGCUUAAACGAACGUCAUUAUGGUGGUUUGACUGGUAUGAAUAAAGCAGAAACUGCUGCUAAGUAUGGUGAAGAACAAGUUCAAAUAUGGAGAAGAUCCUUUGAUGUACCACCUCCAGCUAUGGAGCCAGAUCACAAAUAUUAUGAUACAAUAGUAAAGGAUCCAAGAUAUGCAGAUGGACCAAAACCAGAGGAAUUUCCUAAAUUUGAGUCUUUAAAAUUGACAAUUGAGAGGACAUUACCAUAUUGGAAUGAUACUAUUAUUCCACAAUUAAAAGAAGGAAAAAAGAUCAUCAUAGCUGCCCAUGGAAACAGUUUGCGUGGCAUAGUCAAACACUUAGAUCAUGAAAACUUUAAACCUGUUGUAUCUAUGAAAUUCUUAGGUGAUGAAGAAACUGUAAAAGCUGCAAUGGCUGCGGUUGCUGCUCAAGGAAAAGCUAAGUAA